AUGGCUUCCCGCAUUUGGCUUGCUCUCCUCCUCUUCCAGCUCGCAACCGCAGCUCCCACCCCUGCCGACGGAGCUGUCGCGGCACGCGACGUCGAGGCAUUCAGCGCUCGUGACACCCUUCUCGAGCGGGACGGUGAAGAGAAUUGGUCGAAGUAUGGUACCAACAAGAACUCUCCUCUCAUCGGUACCCCUGCCCGCGAGCCUCGCGCUGGCGUCGACUACGUCAAGGCUCUUCUGGACCCGACCAAGCAGCCUGCUCUCUUCAAGGAUUCCCCUUGCGACUAUGCGUACUCGCGCCAGGCCACGUCGGGCCCCCUUAACCUCUGGGAAAAGGGCUCAUCCCCCCUCGUGGACACCAACGUCGCCCAGGGCGGUGUCGGUGACUGCGGCUUUGGCUCUUCGAUUGGCGCUAUUGCCCUGACUGGCCACUCCCAGUACUUGAAGGACCGCGUGAAGGUUAACGGCACGACUUGGGAAUUCAAGUUCACGUGGCUGGGUAAAGACCAUAUCGUCCGCGUCGACGACCAGCUCCCCGCCAAGAUUGGUGGACCCGAUUGGUGCAACCGAUUCCUGGGCUACCAGCCCGCCGGCCCUUCGAAGUCCUGGUACGUCCCGCUUGUGGAGAAGGCGGCCGCCAAGCUUCUGGACGCAUACCCCGAGAUCAGGUCUUAUCCCGACCAGCCCGGAGGCUACAACGCUAUGCAAGGCAUCUGGCCCCACAAGGCGCUGGAGAUUCUCACGGGCCGCAGUGGUAAGAGGCUCAAUCGCGAGUUUACCGGUCUCGACGACAAUCUCAUCAAGGCCCUUGAGAAGUGCCUUACCGGUCCCGAACCGUGCGUGGUUGGCACGCCCUCUGUCGAGUACGGCGACAAUUUCCUCGGCAGUGCUAGCUUCAAUGGUGAGGCAUGGGAAGUGCCCGACGGAGCGCCGUUUGUUUCUGGCGUCUUUUCGAACUCCACGUCCGCGCCCGAUUUCUGGGAUUCCAUCGACUACGACCUUAAAUCGGCCCACAACACCAUCGUCCCAUCUCACGCUUGGGCCAUUGACAAGAGGAACACGAACUAUACCCCUGGCGCCGAUAUUCGCAAGGUCAAGGUCCGCAUCCUCAACCCCUGGGGCAAGAAUGUCAAGCCCUGGGCUCAGACUAAUGCCAUCAACGCCAUCGACAUUUCGUUCUCUACGCUUGUCAGUCUCAUCACCGCCCUCUUCACUGUUGAGGACAUCUGA